AUGGCUGACUCCAAACUCCACCCUGCUACUACUGUCACCAACAUCAAGACAACCAUUCCCAUCAUCCUUGACUUUGAAUCUGCUCAAUACAUCAAUUGGGCCACGAUUUUUAAACUUCACACCCGAGCCAACCUUGUCAUAGACCAUAUCAUUCCUUCGACGGCUGAUGCAGCAGCCAAGGACGCAGCGGCUAGGAAGGAAGCAGACCCUACCCUAUGGAAUCGGCUCGAUGAUAUCGUCCUCCAAUGGAUUUAUGGCACCAUCUCCAACGAUAUCCUCAACACCAUCAUUGAACAAGAAGACAAGGCCGCUGACGCCUGGAAAAGGCUCGAGGAUUUGUUCCAGGACAACAAGGCUGCACGAGCUAUCCACCUCGAGAGGGUUUUCCUAAUGUCAAUGCUUACACUGAACGCUUGA